AUGCGAUUCCGAUCUCCUACUUUCUCGAACAUCUCUGCCUGAAGCUGAGCUAAAGGUUGCAGACACAUUCGAUUAGACUUUUCUUCCUGUCUCCGAUUCAGGAAUGUACAUGUGAAAGAAACGACUCUGUGAAAUGGCAUCAUGCGAUACAAUGUUGCAGUCUAUGUAGGAGUCAAACAAGAACGACAAAGCAGCGGGGGGGAAAUCCUGUAAUAUCGCUUGUUUUGGAUAUCGCUAACUGGCUAGUUAACGACGUUGACCCAACAAUAACACGCGUGUCAUGUGGGAGUAACUCUCAUCCCUGGAGGCAAGAUGUUAGCCACACAGACCCCAGAUACAGGGCCAGAGGCAAAAGACGUCAAGCAGUGGAUUAAGGAGAAGUUGGCGUGGUCACUCAAGGCGUUGCAGAAGCGCUACGUGACAACCGAUGUCGUGGUUACCAGCGAGGAUGGUGACGCCAAUCUGCUGUGCUGCGCACUGGAGGCCAUCUUUAUCCACGGCAUCAAAAGCAAAUAUGUUCGCUCCGAGGCUGGGGGACGCGGCAGGAAAGGGGGGUCCCGGGGAGCCCUCCCCCAGCCUGUGUUCUGGAGCCUCCUCAAGACUGUCACUCACGGUGACGUGAUCACGGAGCUGGAGAAGCUGAGCUUCGUGGGUACGGACACGGGUCGCUGCCGGGCCUGGCUGCGGCUGGCCCUCAACCACGGCCUAAUGGAGUGCUACCUGGCCUCCCUGUUCCGCGAGGGCUCCAAACUACAGGCCCACUACCAGCCCUCCGCCCUGCUUCUGGACCCUGAGGAGCGUGAGGUGCUGCUCAGUUACAUCCAGGGCCUGGCCUCCCUCACCUUCAACCUCUCUUACAAAUCGGCCGUGCUCAACGAGUGGACCACCACCCCUCUGGCUCUGGCUGGCCUCUGCCCUGCCGCCCAGGCUGAAGCGCUCGACCUCCCCUUUCUCACCAAGCGCAAGGAAUCCUAUGAUACGGUGUCACAGUCAUCCGGCGGGUCGGAUACGGUUGAAGUGCAGCGAGGGGGGCCAGGGGUGCUGGGGAAGGGGAUUGGGGGGGUCUCAGGGUUUAAGACCCCACUGAAUUCGUCCAAUUUGAGCCUGGACACCACAGGGUCGUCUCAGCUCUCCUCCAGUCUGAGCUCUGACAGUCUGCUUCAAGGCCACGACCCCAAGAGCCCAGACAAGGAGCCCUGGCCAUGUGACCUGGAAAUCUCCAACAUGGAGAACAAUGGCAAUGCCAAGAGGCCUCUCAAAGAUGUUCUGGCAGACUUCAGGGAGAGUGCCCAUUCCAGUCAGGACUCCAUGCGCGAGGAUUCGUACGUGUCCACCCCAGGCGCAGACCACCUCUCUGAGAACACUGCCUUCAGUGGCUCCGACAGCGAGACCCAGGGACAUGUCACACAUCUCACUGGCCCCUCUAACCCUGCUUCACUGGGGUCAGACCAGGAGGAGCCGUCCACCAAGACCCACGCCUCCACCAACGUGUACUCACACAUUGAAGGGCCUUCCAGCCUCAGUGACUGUGUGGAGAGCACAUCGACAACUCCUCACCUGCCUGCCACUGAGACGCCACAGGAGAAAAAAACAGAACAUUCUGUUAAGAGCGCCUCGGAGCCUUCAGCCCACAUGAACCUACACCGCACGACCAGCGUGCUCAGUCGGACGGUGUCUACAGACUCAGUCAAACAUUCCCACUCCUGGAUCUCUGAGGAUGACAUCUAUAAGCCACACCUUGAGGAACUGGCUGACCCCGAUGAGUCUUUGCUAGGGUCUGGCCCAGCUUGUGUGAACGGAUUUACCUCUCCCCCUCUAGAGCCCGAGACCCCCCAGUCACCCCCCAGCGUGGUCCACCGCAGGCAGAUAGGCCUCUCCAACCCUUUCCGCGGACUACUGAAGCUGGGACACCUGGAGCGGCGGGGCACGGUAGGCAUGUGGCGCGACUACUACUGCGAGCUCUCGCCCUUCGAGUUCCGCCUCUACCUGAAUGCAGAGGAGCGCACCUGCUGCGACAAUUGCUCCCUGCUGCGUUGCGAGGAUGCCUGCGUCACCUCGGCCGAGGGCCGCUUCGACCUUGCCUUCCCCGGGAAAAGGCUCCUUAUGCGGGCGGCCAACUGCGAUGAGGCCGAGGACUGGGUGGACCGCAUCACUGAAGCCGUCAACAAGUGCCGCCCGCUUCAUCUCCUCGAUGACCAGUGGGAGGUGCUGCAGCUCUCUGACAGCAGUGUAACCCCAGAUGAGCCCCCAAAAUCUUCCCCUUCAUCCCCCUCCUCCGUACCCGCCAGUCCCGAUCGAGGGGGGGCUGUGGUUGAGCAGGAGCAGCAGCUGGAGCUGGACUGGACGCGUCCCACAGACCCAGAGUCAGACGCCAUUAAGGAAGCGGUGCUGUACUUCUGCCAGGACUCCGAGGCUCGCAUCUGGACUCCUCUCGUCUUCUCCCUCUCCUUAGAGACUCUCAAGGGCUUCCGGAUGCAAGACGGGCAGAAGGUGCUGCGCUGCUCCCACCCCAUCGAGGGGAUCCGGGACGUGGUCCCAGACGUUUCUAUGGGUGGACCAGCCUUCUUUAGGGUUGUAACGGCCAGGGAUACGCUCAAGCUGAGGGCCAAGAGCUCUGAGGAGGCACGGGCCUGGAGGGGCCUCAUCAGGGGAGCCCUGGACUCCUACCUAGAGAGUGGAGAAGACUGGGAGCCUGAGAGCCCCGGGGUGGCCCCUGGGGCGGGAGGGAACACCCACAGACUGGUGCAGCAUAGACUGAAGGGGGACGGGGUGCUGCUGGCCCAUCUAUGCACAGUGCCCACAGAGAAGGGGCUGGACCUUCAGGGCUUCAAGUGUGCAGGUUGUCCAAAGGUGAUAGGUGUCUCCCGAGGGAAAGCCAGACUGUGUGAGUUUUCAGGGCAGUACUACUGCGACGCUUGUCACCAGGGCGACACCAUCGUCAUACCCUCCCGCAUGGUUCACAACUGGGACCUCGUACCUCGGGAGGUCUCCAGGCAUGCCCUUAAGCUGCUGGCUCAGAUUGAACAUGAGCCCCUGCUCAACCUUGACCUUUUGAACCCUGACCUGUGGGAGCAUGCCGAGGCCAUGGCCCAGGCACAGAGCCUCAGACAGAGGCUGCGUCUCCUAGGAGACUACCUGCUCACCUGCCGCAGCGGAGCAUGCAAGAACAUCCAGACCAGACUGGGUCCAAGGACAUACUUAUUGGAAUCAAGCCAUCUCUACAGUGUCAUGGACUUACGACAGAUAGCGGAGGGAAUGUAUGUGGCCUACCUGAACACUUUGAUCCAGUUUGCCUCCAACCACGUCCACCACUGUGACCUUUGCACCCAGAGGGGCUUCAUCUGCCAGAUCUGUCACACUAGUGACAUCAUCUUCCCCUUCCAGUUUGACACCACCACCAGGUGUAAAGAGUGUAAGGCCGUGUCUCAUGUAACCUGCAAGGCCAAGUCGCCUUCCUGUCCACGAUGCCUGCGUCUUCAGAGGUACCUCGAGAGAGAUCUGCAGGACUAACCGGCAACCCUGCAGGAAUGGUCUUUGUGACCCAGUGGGCUUCCCAUAGCUGCAGAGACCUAUGAAAUGACAAGAACAGACAUUGACAUCCUGCUUCUAGUUUCUUUUUUCUACAUUAAUUAACCUCAAGUGCAAUUAGGAAGUGCGACUGUAUGGACCGACCACAGACCAAACAUGAACAUGAUGGAUAGUGGUCAAGCCAGGAGCUAUUCGUCAACGUGGUUUCUGCUAUUGACAUGAUUGACGAGGUGAAGCAAGCUGAUAUGUUCUUACCUCUCUGAACUAGCUCUACGUCAUGAGUGUCCAAGCCAAGGAAUCAUCUGAACAAUAUAAUCCAGUAAAGGAUGAUGCCAAGAAUCUCCUUGAUGCAAUUUCUAUGACAUUUAUACAUUGAUGUUGUCAUUGUUUGGGGGGGCUUGUGGUGUUUUGUUACCUAGUAAUUUCAUGUUUACAGGAAACGCUCGGUGUAAAUUUGUACAGGACUUUCUGGGAAGCUCAAAGGAGCAAGUCACUCAUAUAAAUAUUAAACUGCUUCCAGUUCCACAAGACGGGAUACAUGUACACGCCUGGGGGAAAAAAACUGCACUUGAAAACGUUCUCAAACUUAGAUUGUGCCUUCAUUUAGAUUUUUUACUUUUACACUCAAACAUAAUGUUCCAUUGAUUGUAGAAUUGUGCAUCAUGCAACAUCACUAAAGUAAAAAAACGGGCGAUUUUAGGUACUGUAGGGUCAAAGCAUAGAUUGUCAUUAUUGAAUGUUAGUUGCCAAAUGUCAACAUUUGUGAGUACUUGCAUCUUGAUACAAAUCCAUUAAUUCAGAAUGGGAAUUUCUUAAUGAAUUUCUUGAUGUUAUCAAAUCAAAUCAAAUCAAAUUUAUUUAUAUAGCCCUUCGUACAUCAGCUGAUAUCUCAAAGUGCUGUACAGAAACCCAGCCUAAAACCCCAAACAGCAAGCAAUGCAGGUGUAGAAGCACGGUGGCUAGGAAAAACUCCCUAGAAAUGCCAAUACCUAGGAAGAAACCUAGAGAGGAACCAGGCUAUGUGGGGUGGCCAGUCCUCUUCUGGCUGUGCCGGGUGGAGAUUAUAACAGAACAUGGCCAAGAUGUUCAAAUGUUCAUAAAUGACCAGCAUGGUCGAAUAAUAAUAAGGCAGAACAGUUGAAGCUAGAGCAGCAGCACAGUCAGGUGGAAGUUGAAACUGGAGCAGCAGCACGGCCAGGUGGACUGGGGACAGCAAGGAGUCAUCAUGUCAGGUAGUCCUGGGGCAUGGUCCUAGGGCUCAGGUCCUCCGAGAGAGAGAAAGAAAGAGAGAAGGAGAGAAUUAGAGAACGCACACUUAGAUUCACACAGGACACCGAAUAGGACAGGAGAAAUACUCCAGAUAUAACAAACUGACCCUAGCCCCCCGACACAUAAACUACUGCAGCAUAAAUACUGGAGGCUGAGACAGGAGGGGUCAGGAGACACUGUGGCCCCAUCCGAGGACACCCCCAGACAGGGCCAAACAGGAAGGAUAUAACCCCACCCACUUUGCCAAAGCACAGCCCCCACACCACUAUCACUACCAUUACCAUUAUCACCAUCUGAUAAGUUCUGACCACAUAAAGAAACAUUAUUCUGCCCAAGUUAUAAUAGCUAGUCAUUAAUUAGAUGCAUUGGGUUAGGAUUUAUGCUCCACUUUACCCUGAAACCCUUUUGCUGCAAAAUAUCAGUCGAGUUCCAGGCUAACGUUGAAAAGAAGCUUUAUAGUCUUGAGAAAUUUGUUCCCCACCCAUUGUGGUAUCCUACCAGUAUGAUAAAGCCAUAUGAAAUAACAGAAUAUUGAUUAGCAUAACAACACAUGCUAAUGUUGCAGCAAAACCAAAAAGCAGCUUUGUAGAGUGAGUGUUGGUUCGUCAAUGUUCUUGCUUCGUACCUGAACUUCUCAAUGUUUCAGGAUAUUCUAAAUCAUUUUGCAUACUUGCACCUUAACACGUUGGUAUGACUGUUUAUCCUGUAGUUGUUUUUAUUCAAUAGUUUCAGCCAGUUGUCCUCCCAGAGAAAUCAUGAUUCUUUCAAAGGGUAUAUGGCCUUUUUAAUUAUUUACUGUAUAAUUAUGUGUGGCAAUGCUUUUACCAUUCAACCAUUGUGAGAAGUUGUCAUUAUUUGAAAUGUUAACUGAAGGAAAUGGAUGGCUUUCCUGAUAUCUAACGCCGAGAUCAUGUGAGACGAUGUGUAAAGCAGAAUUACGUACUGAAAGUAGAGCCCUGGAAUUAUGUUACGCUAUGCCACUGGGCUCCAAUGGUUACUCACGAGGUGCCAGAAUAUCAUUACAUCUCUUUUACCCAUGUUUUUAUGAGGUAUAUCAAGGUUUUAUUAGUAGUUAGACUGACUUGUACACAUUCACAGCUAAAAGCUGAAUUGCAGUAUACAGGCAAAAAAAAGAAAGAAGAUAAAAGUUGAAGUAAAAGAUAUGGCAUGAAGUCUCUAGUCUUGUGACAGCUUCCGAUGGGGACUGCUUUUGGUGUGACGGUCUCUAUUCGUGUGGUCAUUUUAUAAAUGCUCAUUAUUAUAUUAUGAUGAACAUAAGAAUAAAGACUAGUUAUCAUUUG